CCACAUGCCUAGGGCGGCGGGGCUAGCUACGUCAGGCUGCCGGUGCGGGGCUGAGCUGGUGGCCGAAGGGAGAAUCUAUGUAUAUAUGUAAGAGAAGCAAAAAUGUUGGAUGAUAUCAGGAAAAGGUUUGAUUUUCCAAAUUCUCUUAUUCAAUCACAGGCUGUAGGGCAUCUUGUUGCUGCAGUCCUAAAAGAGAAUGGCUUUUCAGAAAAGAUCCACCAGUCCACAAACCAGACCCCUGCUUUGAACUUGCUAUGGGAGAAGUGUUGCAGCGACAAUGUGGUUGUCCGAACAGCCUGCUGCGAGGGGCUAGUAGCACUUGUUGCUCAGGGUCACGCAGAGUUCAGCUAUGUUCUCAAUGGGAUCCUCAACUUGAUUCCUUCAACCAGGAGUACACAUGGCUUGAUAAAAGCUCUUAUGAAAUUAUUGCAGAUGCAAGCUCUAAACGAAGAAAAGAAUGGGGAGAAGAACAUUCACAAUAUAUAUACUAUUAGAAAUCAUCCUCAGCCUUUGAUCACUGUGCUUGAACACAGGCCCGAUUGCUGGCCAGUACUUCUGCAGCAGCUGACAGCGUUUUUCCAGCAAUGCCCUGAAAGGUCAGAGAUCUCAUGUAUCCAAAUAAUGGCACCAUUUCUAUGGUAUUUAUAUUGUGAACCAUCACAGUUACAAGAAUAUGCUAAACUCCGACUAGCCCUGCUGAAAGUUUUACUUCAACCUCGGGUUCUUUGUGACUCAACAGAGCCAUCAGUAUUAGAACAACAGAUUCUUCAACUGUGUUGUGAUAUGGUUCCUUGUCUGCAGAUAAAAGAUCUGAUGCAGACAACAGAAGUGAUGCUGUUUAUCAAAGAAGUAUAUUUAAGCCUUUUGCGUCAUCCUGUUUUCUGGGCAACUCAGCUUACCCAGCUCACUCUUCAGUUGCUGUGUGCCUGUGAAGUGAGUUUAAAGAUAACUGGGGAAUGCUCAUCAUUAAUCCAGCUUCUGGAGCGCAGCAGUGAGCUUCUGAAGGAGGAUUUUCCUGUUGAAUUGGUCACUACUGGAAUUGCUUUCCUUCUUUUACAGGCCCCAGCAAGUCAGCAGAAGCCCAUCUUAAACCUAGCUUUGAAGCUCCUCUCUUUUGCUGAGGGUCAGAAAAUCCCAAAGGCAUCUCUGCUGCUCGUGAUGCCACUUCUGCAGAUACUGUCUUCCACUGCCUUGGAGAGUUGUAUGGCCAUGGAUGAGGAUGGUUCCUCCAGACAACAGUUGGCUCUGAAUCUCUUGGAGACCAUACAACAGGAGCAUUACAGAGAUCAUAACGAAAAGUUGUCCUCCAGGCUUGCAUUUCCCAUGAGUGAUAUGUAUGGCUCACUCUUUACCACCUGGAAGAUUCUGGAAGUAAUGGGGCAAGAGUCUGCAGCAAGUGACUGGCUGGCUGCUGUGGAGUCUUUGCUCCCUGUCACUACAGUGAUUCCAACACAUGCCUUCCUGCUGCUAGCAUACCUCCUUGUUGAAGACAAAGGACCGAAUCUUCACCAGAUACUGAAGGUCACCACACAAUUAGCCCAAGCAGAUUCUUCACAGGUACCUAAUUUGAUUCCAGUUUUGAUGUUCAAAUUGGGACGACCACUCAAGCCUGAGUCAUAUAAUGAUCUAUUGUAUACUUUGCCUACACUUGGUGUUCACAAGGUAUGCAUAGGACAGAUUCUGCGAGCAAUCCAACUGCUUGGAACCACUCCACAACUAAGAGCUGUCACUUUGCGCUUGUUGACAUCACUGUGGGAAAAACAGGAUCGUGUGUAUCCUGAGCUACAACGUUUUAUGGCCAUGUCUGAUGUGCCCUCUCUCUCUGUGGGCAAGGAGCUUCAAUGGGAGAAACUGAUUGCAAAAGCUGCCUCAAUCAGAGAUAUAUGUAGACAAAGGCCCUACCAGCAUGGUGCAGACAUGUUGGCCGCCAUUUCUCAGGUGCUGAACGAAUGUACCAAACCUGAUCAAGCUACUCCAGCAGCCUUGGUCUUACAAGGUCUUCAUGCACUCUGCCAGGCUGAGGUGGUUUGCAUUCGAUCUACUUGGAAUGCUCUCUCUCCAAAGUUGAGUUGUGACACACGACCUCUCAUUUUGAAGACCUUGAGUGAACUUUUUUCUCUGGUUCCUUCCUUAACAGUCAAUACAGCUGAAUAUGAGAAUUUUAAAGUUCAAGUCCUCAGUUUUCUCUGGACUCACACUCAAAACAAGGACCCACUUGUAGCAAAUGCUGCAUAUAAAUCUCUGUCCCAGUUCAGUGCUGGAGAACACACCAUUCUUCACCUUCCCGAAAAGAUAAGACCAGAAAUCCCUGUUCCUGAUGAGUUAGAUGAAGAUGGAGAGCAGGAGGAUGUGGACCUUUCAGUUCCUGGCCCUUGCUAUCUCAAACUGUUGUCACUCACCCCUCCUCUGGUUUUACCAGCUUUGGAAGAAUUCUUUACCUCACUCGUGAAACAAGAAAUGGUGAAUAUGCCCCGUGGAAUAUAUCACUCUGCAUUAAAAGGAGGUGUCCGCUCAGACCAAGGGAAGACUGUGUCAAGAAUCCCCAAUUUCAUCUUGAAAAUGUAUGAAACAAACAAGCAACCAGGAUUGAAACCUGGCCUGGCAGGCGGGAUGUUAUUUUGCUAUGAUGUUGCGAUGUAUCAGAGUAAAGAUGGUAAACCACUGAACCGACUGAUGGCCAGUAGAGGGCGCAGUUUCAAGCAGACAUCCCUGGCUCUUGUCCACGAGGUCCACAUCCAGCUUUCAGAGUGGCACCGUUCACUUUUUCUUCCACAAGCCUGGCUUGCAUAUAUGAACCGAGCUUAUCAUGCCAUUUUACAGGGAAGAAUGGGAGAGCUGGAGCUGCAGCUGAAGCACGGAAAAGAAGGAGCUGAGGAAGUGCAGUGCAAAAGGAGCACGGCCUGGCUCUGGGUCCGAGACAUGCUGACUGAUGAAAUCACCAAGAUAGCUGCAAAGGAGAGCCCAGUGGUCAAAGGCAAUGCACUAUUAGCCUUAAGCAGCCUCGCUGUCAUCGUGUCCAAACAUGAAGCUAGCCUUUCUUCAGACUCUGAUGGGGUCCUAGAGGCUCAGCCUAAUUUCCUUCCAGUGAAAGACUGGGUUUCCAUGGUACUUAAUACUCUCCUGGUCAUUGUGGAUAGUCAUUACCAGCCCAGAGGACAACUUUUCUCCUGCUUUUAUCAUAAGUCCUAUUCUGGUGAACACACAGCGAGUGCCAUUGCCCGUUCUGCUGCCGCCACGGCUUUGUCUCUCCUUGCACCAGUUUUCAUUGUCUCUUGCAAAGAGAAGGUUGAGGAAAUCCUGAACAUGCUGACUGCUAGGUUACCUGGGAGACCAAGUGCUGAUGAGUCUCAAGCCGUGCAAAUCCACAUGGGCCUUGCUUUGGGGAUGUUUCUCUCUCGCCUGUGUGAAGAGAAACUCAGUGAUAUAUCUGGGCAGCAGAUGAACCUUCUUCUGAUGAAGUCUUUGGAUGCUCUGGAAAACUGCUGUUUCGAUGCUAGUCUUGAACACAACACUGGCUGUAUCUUGGGAGCUGGACUUGUUCUGUCCCUCAUGAGCCACAGCAGCCAAACAGAGUCACGAGUGCAUGUGGCAGCAUCACUGCAGAAGCUAUCUACAUACCUAGAUGACAGUGGGAACCAGAGCAGGACAUUUCAGGAGGUCCUCGCCUACACACUUAGCUGUGUGUGUGCGUCAGCAUUCAGCACUGGCAUUAUUGAAGCUGUGGAGGCUGAGGAAAUUAUGAACAAGCUUCAGCUGCUAGUGGAGAGCAGCCAGCAGACUUCAGGUUUUGCCCUGGCAUUAGGAAACCUGGUUCAUGGUUUAUCUGCAUGUGGACAUGGAAAAGCUGAAGACUUGGGCAGCAGACUUCUCCACAGCUGGAUCAGAAUUGUUUUGAGAGAGGGUACUCCCACAAUGCUGUGUCUGGCAGCUCUCCAUGGCCUGGUGGCCUUGGUAGGCUCUGAAGGGGAUGCAAUGCAGCUGAAGUCAGAAGUCCUCCAAACUUCUCAAUUUCAAGCCAGACUUAAUGAAGUCAUUAGAACCUUAACUGAGGUCAUCAGUGUCUCUGGGGUGAUUGGUCUUCAGUCAAAUGCAAUAUGGCUUCUAGGACAUCUUCAUUUAUCUACUCUGUCCUCAAAUCAAAGCAGAACCUCUGUUCCUACUGACUACAGCUAUUUGCCUGAAAGCAGUUUUAUUAGAGCAGCCAUUGGCUUCUUCAUUGCAGGAGGAAAAAAAGGUCCUGAAGCAGUACCUCCUUGCCUUCUCAAAGUAGUGAUGAAACCCAUAGCAGCCAUUGGGGAAAGCCACCAGUAUCCUCCUGCAAACUGGGCUGCCCUGCUCUCUCCACUCCUGAGGCUCAAUUUUGGUGAAGAGAUACAGCAGCUGUGCCUUGAAAUUAUUGUGACUCAGACACAGUCAUCACAGAAUGCGGCUGCCCUGCUGGGCUUAUGGGUGAUGCCACCACUGAUCCACAGUCUGAGUCUAAACAUCCAGAAAUACCUGCUGUCGUCUCUGCCUCAGUGGAUAAAGCACAUCUCUGAUGAACAGAUCCAGGGAUUUGUUGAAAACUUAAUGGUGGCAGUUUUUAAAGCAACUUCCACACCAUGUAAUUCUGAGUUAUGCCUGAGUGCCUUACAAGGUCUGAGCCAGGCCAUGAAACUGCCCAGUCCUUCCCACCACCUCUGGAGUCUGCUCUGUGAGGCUACUGGGAAAAUUUUUGACCUUCUUCCAAAUAAGAUUCGGAGAUGUGAUCUAGAGCUAUACAUCACUGUAGCGAAGUGCCUCUCAGAAAUGACAGAUGAUGGUGCCAGCCGAGUUUUCCAGGUCUCUAAGAGCAACGUGGAAAAGGCUUCCUUUGUUAAGUUGUACUUAGUCUCUCAAGGACGAUUCCCCAUGAUGAGCCUAACUGAUGUGGUCAGUGUGGCUGUGCAGCACCAUGAGAGAGAGACACUGGCCUGGAUGAUUCUGCACAGCUUAUACCAGGCACGGAUUGUGAGCCAUGCCAACACAGGUGUGUUGAAGAGAAUGGAAUGGCUCUUGGAACUGAUGGGUUAUAUCAGAAAUGUUGCUUACCAGUCAAUGUCUAUUCAGAAUGUGGCUGUUGAUGAGGCUUUGGACUUCUUGUUGCUGAUAUUUUCAGCUGCAGUGGUGGCUUGGGCAGAUCAUGAGGCCCCACUCCUCCUGGGCCUCAGUGCCAGCUGGUUACCAUGGCAUCAGGAGAAUGACCCGACUGGGCCAACAUCCUCCUUCCUUGGCAGAAGUCCAGUGCACAGAGUCACACUGCAGGAGUCUCUCACUCUCCUUCCCAGUAGCAUGUUGCUGCUGCUACAAAAAGAACCAUGGAAGGAACAGACCCAAAAGUUCAUUGACUGGCUGGUUAACAUCAUGGAAAACCCUAAAGAAGCCUUCUCAGCAAAAGCCAAGGAUCUUUUAAAAGCCACCCUGCUGUCUCUGAGAGCUCUCCCAGAGUUUAAGAAGAAAGCUGUAUGGACCAGAGCAUAUGGCUGGUGAACAGUUUCACAGUGAUCAGCCAAGAAGCCAACCACAGAAAUUGAAGUUUUCAGGAUUCAUGUCCAUGAUGGGUGGAACAGCAACCCUUACAGUUAAAGGUCAUGAAAAGGCAGCCAAAUGACUGACAGCCUGACAUGUGUGCAGCCAGAAGAGGAGCAUGCUUUGGUACCCAGACUGCCUGAGACUGAGACAGAAACAUGGUGCCCUUUAUUUGUCCAGAGUUCACAUGAAAAUUUUCUUUGUGAAUCUUGACUAUAUCUUCUCAUCUUGAAAUUCUAGUAAAAUUAUCCUGUGAA